AUGACGGAUAAAACUUCAGACAUGAUGAAUAUUUCACACCCUCCAGCAGUUAAAGCUGGGAAAAUGAGAAUUGAAUCUCCACACGAGCUUCUUACUAAGGAGGAAAUUGAAUGUCACGACAAGUGUAUCAAAGCUUAUCAUGAUAAGCCAAUGCCAACAGUUACUAAACCCCACAACGAUAAUACUAAACGUAUUAUUCAACAACCUUUGAAGUGA